GAGGGGAAUGCCAUCGUUAUGAUCUGCAGUGCUAGUCAUCUUUUAGUCUAAGCCAUGGCUUUCAAAGCUGUAUGGAAAGAGGGUGUGCCAGGUUUAAAUGUGGCAAUGCGGCGAGUGGGAGGGUAAUUGUCCCGUCCUUGUGAAAAAAAACGAUAAAUAGAUUAACUUCUAGCCCAGGUAACUUCUCCCGCAUGCACACUUGGAGCAUCUGAGCAGAUUCUGCCGGUCCACAUCUGAAACAUCUUGGUCUUUAAAGCACCUCUGCUGACAAUGGAGUCUGCUGAAGCAAUAGCAGCUGACGUGAACAGCAGCAGAAGUGUGAUAGUUGAAAUCACAAAUCUCACCAACAAUUACUGCCUCUUAAACCCCAAGGUUCACUUUGAACAUGGGUUCUCGUACAACCCCCCUCAGCCCAGCGUGGGCCCUCUGAAGACAGAGGUUUGCACUUUCACCAAGUCCAGCGGCACCGCAACUGGAAGCGUCGGCGUCCUCACCUACGACCUUUUCGAGAGGACGCAGAAGGACCACGUUGAAACUCUGGCCAUCAUGUUCUCAGUUCCCUGGGAUUACAACUUGUACAAAAACUGGUUUGCUGUGGGCAUCCACAAGAAGGGGCGCAACUGUGACAAAGAUUUGUUUAAACAGAUGUACUACGAGAAGAAGGAGCGUGAGCAUGGCUUUAUCAGGGCAGAAGCCACUGGUUCCGGGAUCAAUUAUGUGGGCGACUAUCUUGACAUCAAGGCCACCAUGUGUCCCAUGGGCAAUGCCAUUAUGAAAGUAGAGGUGUGGGACAAGUUUUUCCCCCUCAUUGGUCAGCAGGUGGUUUAAAACCGCCUUCUCAUUUUAACUAGCAGAAGAUUUUCUAACAUGUUGCAUUAUUUUACAGCUGUGUUGUUGCUGACUGGUGACUAAAUGUCUGAGUUUUACCCUUCGUGAAAUCUGGCUCAGACCAAAGUUGAGCUUGUGUUUAAAUCCUGGCAGAGCCAACCCUUCUUUGGAGCCAAAGCCAAAGCCUCCCAUGUAUUUCAAUAGCAUUUCACCUUAAACUGGCGUCUUUGGAAAUGGAAAUCAAAGCAUGCCUCAACCAAGGAUGAGGGCAAACAGCUUAAUGAAACACACAAAACGCCUGUCCUAACUUACCUUGACAUUGCAGUCUGAGGACUGAAAUAAACUACUCUGCUAAACCUA